UAAUGCUCAGAAACGAUGAAGCAUACUAAAUCGGCCCGAAAAUUUACCACAGGCCGAGAAUGGUCCUGCUCUUCCUUCAUAUGCUAGUUCCAGCUGUGUUGUCGCUGGCGAACAUGUUUAAGAAACUAAGGAAAGGUGACAGAAGCGAAGCGAUGCGAUGCAGCAUGCAUUUGACAGCAGCCGCUCAGGAUGUUCUUUCUUGCCUGACUUUAGCGAUCGACAUGAAGUCGUUGAAAGAAAGCGCUGAAAGAGCUCUCCAUCUGCUCCUACCGCGAGUGGCAGAUGUGCUGGUGUUUGUCUUGAGUUCUGUCUCCAAUGAACUUGAAGCUCUUGGAAGAUCUGGUAUCAGUGUACCUAAGAUACCACAAAGUGGAGUUGCCAGGAAAGCCAUUGAUAGUAAGCAAAGAAUAGUUUUAUCCAGCAUCGACAAAGAUGAUCCUUGUUUAGUAUAUUUACCAUCAGCUGAAACACUUGGAAGUGAUCAAAGAGUGAUUCUGUCACCACUGUACAAAGACAAUACACUAGUAGCAUUUUUGAUGAUUGUUUGUGGUGUAGGAGAGGAUACUCUGUCCAUACUAGAUUACACAGAGCAGCAGAUACUUCAAAGUUAUCAUCAUAUAACAGAGAGGAGUAAAUAUUUUCAUGAAUUUGAAAGGCAGAAGACAUUUUUAGAUUUUUUUAGUAGGUCUUAUGAAAAAGAAGUAGGACCUUUGUCAAGAAAAAUAGGGGACUUUCUUCAAUCACAGACUAAUGCAGAGGGUAGUGCCAUUCUGGUACUAGAUAACACAGCUGGGGAACUUCACAACAAGCAAGAAUGCAGUGGAUCAAAUAGUGUGGACAUGAAAAGAAUUGAGGUUUCUGGAAGCAUUUUUGAGGAAGUCGUUAAAUCUGGCCAAAAAUUGAAUGUUGCGGAUAUAGAAAAGGACACAAAGUACAGAUAUGACCUGCAGAGAAUAACAGAUGGCUACGUUCAAUCAAUGUUGUGUGUCCCAAUUGUCAGUAUCAACUCAGGCAAUGUUAUAGCGGUGGCGUGUGUAUUCAACAAAACUCUUCCAGAAAAAAGAUUUUCCUCCUUUGAUGAAGAAAAUGCUCAGUUUUGUUGUGAGCAUAUUGCAGGUCAAGUAGAAAACACAUUGGAGUGGGAGAGAGAAAUGGUGAUAAAAAGGCAACAAAAGCAUUUACUGAAGGUUGCAAAAAACCUGUUUACUCUCGUAGACGAUGUCAGCGUUUUAUUAAGUGAAAUCAUGACAGAGGCUCGGAAUUUGACCAACGCUGAAAGGUGCUCUCUGUUUCUUUGGGACAAAGAAAGAGAUGAACUUGUGGCCAAGGUUUUUGACGGAGAAAUCCCCUCAGAUGGUUCAGACAAUGGAAAGGAACCAGAAGUGAGGAUUCCAGUCACCCAGGGCAUCGUGGGUCACGUUGCUACAACAGGGAAGAUGCUGAACAUAAAAGACGCGUACAGCCAUCCUAUGUUCUAUAAGGGGCUUGAUGAGAAAACAGGCUUUAGAACAAGAAAUAUUCUCUGCUUUCCGAUUAAAGACGAAGAAGACGUGAUUGGAGUAGCACAGUUGUGCAAUAAGACAAAUGGUUCUUGUUUUACAAAGUUUGAUGAAGAUCUGACCAGAGCAUUUGCCAUUUAUUGUGGUGUGAGCAUUUUCCAUUCUCUUUUAUAUAAGAAAGCAAAAGACGCUUCACACAGAAGUCGACUAUCGUCUGAAAUGAUGAUUUACCAUAUGAAUGUGUCUCAAGCCGAAGUGGAUCCGCUCGUUAACAGGUCAAUUUGCACCACGGAUGACGUACAUCCACAGUUUAGCCAGUUCCCAUGUGCGCCAAGAACUAUUUUCCCAGAUAAUAUGAUUCCAGCCUGUCUUUGUAUGUUUGAAGAUCUUGGAAUGAUCGAGAGAUGGAAAAUUCCAAAGGAGGUGCUAGUAAGGUUUUUGCUUAUGGUGAGGAAAGGUUAUAGAAACCCUCCAUAUCACAACUGGAUUCACGCUUUCACCGUGGCUCACUUCUGUUAUCUUCUUUACAAGAACGCAAAGAUUAGCAAUCGCUUAAGAGACGUUGAAAUGUUGGCAUUGUUCGUAGCUUGUCUGUGCCAUGAUAUCGACCACAGGGGGACCACAAAUUCCUUCCAGGUUUCUUCAGGCUCCACGCUCGCAGCCCUGUAUAGUUCAAAGGGAUCUGUGUUGGAGAGACAUCAUUUUGCGCAGACUAUGUGUGUGCUCAACUCUGAAGGAUGUAAUAUAUUCAAGAAUUUAACUGGAAAAGACUUCGAAGAAGUUUUUAGUCUUAUUCGGGAUAUUAUUCUAGCAACGGACCUUGCCCAUCACUUGAAAAUCCUUCAAGACAUCAAGAACAUGGCUAAAGAUGGUUUCAAAAAGGAUUCAAAAGAUCACCACACUCUUCUUCUUUAUCUUAUGAUGACAGCCAGCGAUUUGUCUGAUCAAACUAAGAACUGGGAAGGAACGAGAAGAACGGCGGAUCUGAUAUACACCGAGUUCUUUUCACAAGGUGACAAGGAAAAGCACAUGGGAAUUACUCCAAGCGAAAUGAUGGACAGAGAUAGAGCGUGUAUUCCAAAAUUGCAAAUCGAUUUCCUGGAUGCAAUUGCACUUCCGGUAUACAGGCUGUUGUCCUCUCUACUACCGGAGACUGAAGUAGUUUUAGACACAGUUUUGACUAACAGAGAGAAAUGGCAAAAGGCUCAAGAAGAUGGCGACUACGUGUACAGACCAGUGGCUACUACUGACAAAGAAAUCAAUGGGAAUGUGCCUCUAUCACCAUCAUAACGGUGCCAUAACUCGCUCUUCCGAUUGAACAAUUCAUGGAACAAAUUAUAGUAGGAAACCGCUCUACGACAAACCUUUGGGACGUCUUUGUUGGCACUUAAACUCGAUAACAUACAUAUUUUUGUAUGAAGAGCGGGUUGAAACUUUGCCUAAAAGAGUUGGCCAUUGCGGUAUCGGAUGCAUCAUUGUCCUUGAGUAAUUACGGCACCGGUGUAUUGCCUUCAUUGAGAAAUGUUUUCUAAUAUUGAAUUUCUCCUAGAAGCAAGAGAAAUAACGGGUUCAAAUGCCUAGGUUGGCUGUCAGUGAUAACUCAGAGCUGCGCUCUGUGUAUUGGAAGGCUAUGCUAUCAGAUACCUGAGAUGCCCAAGUAAGGCAAUAGAUACGAAAAGUAAUGGCCUCUGGUACCCGAACAACUGAAACUCAACUGUAUUUAUCAUUUAAUAUCCAGAGGUCAUUUCUUUUAAAGGCAUUUAGGCAUAAAUUCUAUUUAUUAUGUGGCUAAAAUUACUACAAACCACAUUUUUUUCCACAGAGUGCUCUUAAUAGUGACCAGUGUCGCACGUGGGUCACAGUUUCUUUCACGGCCGCUUUAUUUUCAUCAGACGUUUUUAUAAUUCAGGGAUCCAUCUAUGAAUAACUGACAUGAACGUAAAAACAGAAUAAAAUUAGGACAAAUCCUAAGAGCGAAUCACAGUAAACUCAAGUUCACAGUGUAAGACCCAAUUUUUGCCAUUUACAAUUUGGCAAACUGCUAAGUAGGUUCCUGUGGGUUGUUGUUUGAUUUCGAUGCCAAAUCCGCAGAUCCUUAAACAUAUUUUCCUUCCUGUUGGAGUGAUUUCCAUACGAAAGCGAUGAAAAACGAUGGGAAAAAAACAUGUAGGCCAGCCGUCUAUUUUCGGCGAUGUUUAUUUACCCGUUUAUUUUGCUUUAUUUAGCUUUAUUUGGUUGGAUUUAAUAACUGUUAGAUGCAUUUUUUGAUAAAAUUAUUUAUGUUAGAGCAAGCCUUAACAGAUGCAGUCACGAGUCACGUUUUAUUUUCAUACUGUAGAGCAGCUACUCCAAAUACUGAGAAAUUUUCUCCUAGUUGGCGAGCUGAAACAUUUCUUUCACAACAUUCAUCAGUCGUUUAGUAGGUUAUCUCUUUGACGAAUUACUUUAAAACUUUAAUACGAUGGAAAAGAUUUCCUUCUAAGCCGAGAUUUUAAGCACAUAAAAUUUCACAACGAUUUAGAAAUAUAAUAUAUUAGAGUUUCAAUCAACAACUUUAUGAUCUCGUUUUUGAGGGACUGUUGAUCAGAUUGAUUCACAAAGUUUAGCAAUCGUUGCUUUUGAGAGGCGAAAUAUUUCAAGGGUAGUUCAUCUGAAAGGUAGCGUUCAAAAUAAUUUGCAAUUUUUUUUUAGGUGAGGAAUUAACGCUUACGUUGUACAAUGGGUAUUUUUCUUGUUACGUGCUCUUUUAAACACUUAAUGAGCAUCCUUUGAUUGCAAUGUUAAAAAUAGCAUUCUUUGAAUGUUAAUUCAGUUCCGACUUUAAGUUAAAGAUUACACAAAACGUAAGAUAGGUAUUUAUUUAAAGGAAAGGCGCAAAUUGCCAGAUAUGUAAAUUUGUUAUGAAUACACAAUAUUAUGGUUAGUAUAAGUUUACA